AUGCGGCGUUGCCUGGCCCCAGCUGGUGCGCGUGUGACGUCUCGGAGGAGUUCUACGACUGUAUCACGUCCCGUUGACUACAACCUCAGGCACUGCUCACUUUGGACGGAGAACGGCGCGAAUAAUACGGCAUCGGCGACAUCAACCACCGCACCGGUCGCUCCGACCUCGGAGGACUACCGCGCCUUGCUGCUGGACCUCUUACUGUACCGUCGCGAGACGUUGGCUCCAGUCGUAGAAGCUCUACGCCGCGAGAGGGACGAGGUCGAGAAAAAGAUGCAGCAGCUUGACACGCACGUUCGCGAGCUCAGCUUCAUUCGUGAUGAACUCCGGCAACUGUCUGAGGUGAUGCUGAAUGGCGAGCGCACGCGUUUGCACGACGUCGUCAUGGGGCAUCGCAUCUCAUCGGCUGCAGAGAGCUCCAACGCGGCAGAGCGUGAAGGAAGUGAGGAAAUUGUACUAUAG